UCAUCUCCUCUAUAUGAUGAGACUCGCUCCCACUCGGUUUUCUACAACUUCACACCUUCACUAGGCUGCUCAGACACCAGCAUUUCUUCAGGGUCGGCCUCGCCUUGUGGAGGUGAGCUCAAAUAAGUUCAUAUCAUUUUGUUUCUGAACUGGUUCAAUUUUCUGGAAAAAAAAAAACCGAAAAGCAGGAUGUAGCAAUCCUGCAGAGAUAGGUCACUUCACCUAGAGAUUACUCCACGAGUUGGAUCAUACAUUUGGAUGUUCUGUUCAAUUCUUGCACAGCUCAAUGCUGACCACCAUAAUCAUCACGCUUGACCUGGACUGCUGCCGCUGGAGGGAAGAGAUCGAGAAGAUCAUAUGCUGCUUCCAAGCCCGAACUGAAUUCGUCUUCGACAAAGUGGAGUAUGAGAAGGACAAGGUGAUCCUGUCGGGGACCUUUGACGCCGACAAGCUCUGCUCCAUGCUCCGGGGCUGCAAGGCCGGCUGUUUGAUAAAGGAGAUCGAGAUCGUGGAGCCGGAUUGCAAGCCCAAGUUCGAGACAUCCUCGUGCAAGCUGAUACCCCACCCGUGCCUGAACCCAUGCCCGAACCCGUGCCCGCAGCCCGCAUGCCCGACACCAUGCCCCAGUCAUCAGGGCCACUGCAGGCCGGUGGAAGAGUCGGCAUGCCGGUGCCCGUCUCAGAAGGCGUGCCGCUGCCGCCGCUGCUGCCGUGACACCCCGUGCUCCCCAGUCGUCAUCAUCAUCCAGGAUAGACCUGACCUGCCCUGCGUCAUCAUGUAAACCGGCUCAUCGUGCAUGCCUACGCGCAUCUUAUUAUGGUAUCGUCGUCAUCUCCGUGCCCGACGGGUUUAUAUCGUGGGUGAAACAUACAUGUGUAUUUGUGAUGUAUAUGAGAUAUAUUUUCUGUCCUU